UUUUGAGGCCUUGAAAACAGCCGGCUUUUUCCAUUCCAAUAAUUAUUUACUAAAAACUACGAGAAGAAAUACGUACGCUGAGUAUUUUAAUAAGAAGCUUGUUUAAUAAAUCGAUAUGGCGUCUAAAGUUCCUAAAGUGAAAUUCUGCAAUGGACUAGAAUGUCCAAUUCUUGGUUUGGGGACUUGGAAGUCCAAGCCGGGCGAAGUGACGCAGGCGGUGAAAGACGCGAUCGACAUCGGCUACCGUCACUUCGACUGCGCGUACGUCUAUGGGAAUGAAAAGGAGGUCGGUGCUGCCAUCACUGCGAAGAUUCAAGAGGGAGUCGUCAAAAGGGAAGACCUCUUCAUCACCUCCAAGCUCUGGAACACCUUCCACCGCCCAGACCUGGUGCGAGGAGCGCUGACUGAGACUCUCCAGAACCUCAACCUGACCUAUCUGGACCUGUACCUCAUCCACUGGCCUCAGGCGUACAAGGAAGAAGACAUCCUCUUCCCCGUAGACUCAGAAGGCAAGAUCCAGUUUUCCUCAGUGGACUUCGUGGACACCUGGAAGGCUUUGGAGCCCUUCGUGGCCGAGGGUCUGGUGAAGAGCCUCGGCAUCUCCAACUUCAAUAAGAAACAGAUCACACGGCUGCUGGAAUCGGCCACCAUCAAGCCUGUUGUCAACCAGGUCAGAAUAAGGCUCUAUUGCCUGAGUAGUUGUUCUGCAUUUCUUCCCUUUAUUACACAAACAUAACUUUUUGACACAUCUAGCACUUUCUGUGGACACACACACAUACACCCAACACACACACCUAACACAUACACCUAACACACACACC